UCCACUUUGCUUGCGUGACGUAACAUAUCAACACUGUUUAUUUUCUAAAGAAUAAAUUUUAUUUCAAGGUGUUAUGGUUAUGGCUAUUUGUUUACGGUUUACAUCUUUAGACUUAAUAUCUAAUUUGGUAAGGUCAAGAAAUAUAAUGACGACAGCCGGAAAAUGUGAGAAGGUCGUGGAAAAAUUACGGGAAAAUCCAUUUUACGAUAAAUAUGCCGAACGUAUUGCUGCACUCCAACAAACGUCUCCGGAGGAAUUUUUGAAAAAAGUGGAAGCACAAGACAAGAAAAAUCAAGAAGAGAAACGAAAGAAAUUUGCUUCAAUAGACACCCGACAAUUUUCAUCAGCGUUAAAUCCCAAAAGUCAAUCUAAUGCACAACAAGUACCCGAAGAUCGAAAACUUGAAUCUUUUUUCAAAGUUGACCUGGUCUCGGACAAAGAUGCAAAGGAAAUUCAAUGCAUUUGGGAGGAAUACCAUAAAAACAAAGAAGUUAUUUCAGCCACAAUUCCAAAUGAACAAUACUUUAAUUUGCAAGUACAUAUGAAGAGUUAUCCCACUUUUUUGUUUCCCCUGCCAAGAUCUGAAGGAUUUGAAUUUAUAAUGUGUCAAAACUAUGGUCAUGCAGUACACUUCACUCCAUUACUCGCGUUUCAGGUUCAUAAGGAGAAUGCUCCAGAAUGUUUGACUAUGGUCCACUAUACAGAAUUAACUGAUAAAGGGAUUAUACUCAUGCGUGGUGAUUAUGACAAGAAUGUAUUGAACGGACAAGAAGCCCAAUGCUUGGCCAAUCAGUUUCAAAUGUAUUACAGUGGUAAAGAUAAAGACAAACUUCAGCUGUUACAAACCUUCAACAAAUCUCCAGACUCUUUCAAAUAUACAGACCUGAUAUCACAACUUGAAAAUGUUACCUUAGCCACAAAUUAGUAAUUACAAUACAAUGAAAAAGCAA